AUGGCUUUGUCGGAACUCUAUACGAAGUACAACAGAGUGUGGAUACCGGAUGCAGAGCAUGUCUGGAAGUCAGCAGAGAUCCUGAGAGACUUCAAACCUGGAGAAGAGGCUUUAGAACUGCAGCUUGAGGAUGGCACUGAGAUGGUGUACCCCCUGGACAAAUCCAGUCCUCAGCUCCCUCACCUCCGCAACCCUAAUAUCCUGGUGGGAUCGAAUGACCUGACAGCUCUAAGCUAUCUCCACGAACCUGCCGUACUACACAAUCUCAAAGUGCGCUUCGUGGAGUCCAACAUCAUCUACAGCUACUGUGGAAUCAUCCUGGUGGCUGUCAACCCAUACAAGCAGCUUCACAUCUAUGGAGAUGCAGUCAUUCAGGCGUACUCUGGACAGAACAUGGGAGCUAUGGACCCUCACAUAUUCGCUGUGGCAGAGGAGGCUUACAAACAGAUGGCCAGGAACAAUAAGAACCAGUCUGUUAUAGUGAGUGGUGAGUCUGGAGCGGGGAAGACUGUGUCUGCUAGGUAUGUCAUGAGGUACUUCGCUAUGGUCAGCAAGUCAGGCAGCAAAACACGUGUGGAAGACAAAGUUCUGGCAUCCAAUCCAAUAACUGAGGCUAUAGGAAAUGCCAAGACGACCAGGAACGACAACAGCAGUCGCUUUGGGAAGUACACAGAGAUCAGCUUCGACAGGAGAUAUCAGAUCAUCGGGGCCAACAUGAGGACGUAUCUCCUGGAGAAAUCUAGAGUGGUUUCCCAGUCAGAGAACGAGAGAAACUACCACAUCUUCUACCAGAUGUGUGCCUGUGCAGAGCAGUCUGAGUUCAAGAGCCUGAGAUUGUUGAGUGCAGAGGAGUUCAGGUACACCUGUAUGGGCGGGGAGACGGGUAUCGAGGGGGUGGACGACAGGAAGGACAUGGAAGAGACACGCAGGACCUUCUCGCUGUUGGGGUUAACGGAUGACUUCCAGUCGGAUGUGUUCAAGGUGCUGGCUGGGAUUCUACACCUGGGGAAUGUAGAGAUCAGAGACGUCGGAUCAGACAGAUCAUCAGUUAGUUCCAGUGAUCAACACCUAGCUGCUUUCUGUGACCUUCUCGGGGUCAGUCCUGAUGGUGUUACCCGUUGGCUAUGCCAUCGCAGGAUAGCCAUGGUGGCAGAGACGGUGGUGAAGCCGGUGCCCAGUGAACGGGCUGUGAGCGCCAGAGAUGCCCUCGCUAAGCAGAUCUAUGCCCACCUGUUCGACUGCGUCAUCCAGAAGAUCAAUGCAGCCCUGCAGGUGCCAGGGAAACAGCACUCCUUCAUAGGAGUACUGGACAUCUAUGGAUUUGAAACAUUUAACAUCAACAGUUUUGAACAGUUUUGCAUCAACUACGCCAACGAGAAGCUUCAGCAACAAUUCAACUUGCAUGUGUUCAAGCUGGAGCAGGACGAGUACAUGAAAGAGGAUAUUCCCUGGACUCUGAUAGACUUCUACGAUAACCAGCCGGUCAUUGACCUGAUUGAAGCUAAGAUGGGCAUCCUGGACCUGCUGGAUGAAGAAUGCCUGUUCCCCCAGGGUACAGAUCAGAACUGGCUUCAGAAGCUGUAUAACUACCUGGCUGACAACCCUCUGUUUGAGAAGCCCAGGAUGUCCAACAAGGCCUUCAUCAUUCAACACUUUGCUGACAAGGUAGAAUAUCAAUGCUGGGGUUUUCUAGAGAAGAACAGAGACACAUUGUAUGAAGAGCUGGUGGAUACCAUGAGAACCAGUAAGUUUCCUCUCCUGGCCAACUUCUUCCUGGAGGUGGAGCCAGAUGGGUUGGGCAGUAAAGGCAUCAAAGUGAGGCCUGCCCGGCCUCGGGUGAAAUCAGCCAAUAAGAACCACAGGACCACUGUGGGAGAGAAGUUCAGCAGUUCUCUGUACCUGCUGAUGGAGACUCUGAACGCCACCACCCCUCACUACGUACGCUGCAUCAAGCCCAACGAGGAAAAGAUGCCGUUUGAGUAUGACUCCAAGCGGGUGGUCCAGCAGCUGAGGGCGUGUGGAGUCCUGGAGACCAUUCACAUCAGCGCUCAGAGCUACCCUUCCAGGUGGACGUACAUAGAGUUCUACAGCCGGUACAGUAUACUGAUGAGUCAAGAGGAGCUGGGCCUCAACCACAAGAAACUGGCCUGUAAGACAGUGCUGCAGAGGCUAAUUCAGGACUCAGACCAGAACAAGUUUGGCCGGACCAAGAUCUUCUUCCGAGCGGGUCAGGUGGCCUACCUGGAGAAGCUUCGAUUGGACCGUCUCCGAAAGGCAUGUCUGACCAUCCAGAAGCACGUGAGGGGGUGGAGCCACAGGAGGAAGUUCCUUCGCAUGAGGGAGGCGGCUAUCGUCCUCCAACAGUACGUCCGUGGACAGCGGCAGAUAUGUAAAACGGUGACGGCUGCAGCGUUGAAGCAGGGCUGGGCUGCUGUGGUCAUUCAGAGGUACUGGAGAAGUUAUCUGACCCGACAGAUCUAUAGAAUGGUCCGUUUCUCCUCUAUCAUCAUCCAAGCCUUCACUAGAGGCUGGAUCGCCAGGAAACGCUACAAAAAGAUGGUGGAGGUGCAGAAAGCAAUAAUCUUACAGAAGUAUGCCCGGGCGUGGCUCGCCAGGAGACGCUUCCAGAGCCUGCGCCGCCUGGUACACAAUGUACAGCUCUCCUACAGGUGCCAGCAGCUCAGGAAGAAACUGGAAGAUCAGGCCAAAGAGAACCGUGGGCUGUUGGAGAGGCUGACAGGUCUGGCCGGUGCUCACGCCCAAGGUCUAGACAAGCUGCGCUGUCUGGAGGCCCAGCUGGGGAAAUCAGCCACUGAGAAGGCUUCGCUAGAGGAGCGAGAGAAGAAGAGCAAGGAGGAUGCCACGAAGACGAUAGCUCAGCUUCAAGAGGAAAAAGACAAAUUAAUCGUUGAAAAGCAGAACUUGGAAAAAAAGUGUGCAGAUUCAGCAACAGAGAUGAAAGGUAAGAGGGAGGACAUGAUGGCUCAGAUUAAGGAGGACCAUGAGAAGGAGGUGAAGCUGCAGAAGGAGGACCAUGAGAAGGAGGUGAAGCUGCAGAAGGAGGACCAUGAGAAGGAGGUGGAGGUUCUGAGGGAGGAGAACAGGAGGCUGAAGGAGGAGAGAGUUGGCCUACAGAGACAGACAGAGGAGGAGGCGCAGGUCAACACUGAUCUACAGGACCAGGUCAUACAGCUUACCAAGCACGUCAAGGUGAUACCCGAGUUACGUAAAGAUCUUCACAACCUGCAGACCCAGAGAGAUGAUCUGGGCAGGAAGAUGAAGAAGCAGUCAGAACAGGCCAGAGCCAAGAUGAGUGUGAUCACAAGACAACUUCUAUGUGGCAUGGUUGAAGAGGAGGUCAUUUCCAGGUUGACCUCCGACAGUCCAGACCAGAUCUAUGAAGUUGGGGAUUUGUUGACUGCAUUUGAUGGACUGCAGAACGCUACCAGAGUGCUGGAGAGACACCAGCAGGAACAGAAGGAGGGUUAUGACAGCCAGAUGGAGGGGCUGAGGUUCAAGGUGGAACACCUGCAGAACCAAAACAAUCAGCUGCAGAAACUGUUCCAGGAGAAAACAUCUGUCAACGACAGCAUCAGCCGGGAGGUGGCCAGGCUCAACACUGAAAACAUGGUCAUACCUGAGCUGAAGAAGCAGCUGUCAGAACUACGACAACAUAAACAGGAGCUGGAAGUUCAACUGGAGGAGCAGGCCAGAAAGAUGACCGGUAGAUACAAGGUGGAGAAGGUGAAGGAGGAGGUGGAGAGAGAGAAGGAGGAGGUGGAGAGAGAGAAGGAAGAGGUGGAGAAGGUGAAGGAGGAGGCGGAGAGAGAGAAGGAAGAGGUGGAGAGGAAGAAGGAGGAGAUGGAGGAAGUGCUCAGGAAACAGAAGAACAUAGAGAGCGAGGCCAAGGCCAGAUUCAGUCAGGAGGCAUCACGACUCACUGCAGAGAACAUGGACUUUGAAGAGCAGCUCGACAUGAAGGACAGGUUGAUAAGGAAGCUACAAAACCAAAUCAAGAGCCUUCAAACAUCCGAGGAAGCCAAUCAAACACCAGCGCCCACUAUUACCAACGAAUACCUUGGCAUGUUGGAGUACAAGAGGGAGGAUGAAGCCAAGCUCAUUCAAUACGUCAUUCUGGACCUGAAACCCAGAGGGGUAAUGGUUAACAUGAUCCCCGGCAUGGCUGCUCAGCUUCUCUUCAUGUGUGUCCGUCACGCUGACUACCUUAACGACGGAGCCAAGCUCAAGUCUCUCAUGAACGCCAUCAUCAGUGGGGUUAAAAAGGUCAUCACGGAUCACCAAGAAGACUUUGAGUUGCUAUCGUUCUGGCUGUCCAACACGUAUCACAUGCUCAGCUGCCUGAAGCAGUACAGUGGAGAAGAGGAGUUUAUGAAACAGAACACUCCACGUCAGAAUAAGAACUGCUUGCAGAACUUUGACUUGUCUGAACACAGACAGAUCUUCAGUGAUCUGGCCAUCCGUAUCUACCACCAGUUUAUAUCUGUCAUGGAGAACAAUCUUAUACCCAUGAUCGUUCCUGGUAUGCUGGAGCAUGACAGUCUCCAGGACACGUCUAGUAUGACGCCUACAGGUUCCCGUAAGCGUUCCAGCAGCAUCUAUGAGGACCAGGAGGUCUGCACCAUCUACUCUCUCCUCCAGCAGCUCAGUCUGUACCACAGCACUAUGAGUCAGCACGGCAUGGAGGAGGGGCUGGUUAGACAGGCUGUGAAACAGACCUUCUUCCUGGUGGGCGCGGACACACUCAACAACAUCCUGCUACGCAAAGACAUGUGCUCCUGUAGGAAGGGCAUGCAGAUCAGGUCUAACAUCAGUUACCUUGAGGCGUGGCUAAAGGAGAAGGAACUAGUGCAGGGUACCAUGGCUACUCUGAAGCCUCUGUCUCAGGCUGCCUGGCUGCUGCAGGUCAACAAGACCACUGAUGACGACAUCAAAGACAUCACAGAGCAUUGCUCAGAACUCAGCCCUGUACAGAUUGUCAAGAUUUUGAACUCUUACACGCCCACUGAUGAUUUUGAGAAAAGGGUGGCACCGUCAUUCAUCCGCAAAGUUCAGGGCUUGCUCCAAGACCGUGAGGGCGGAUCCUCCCAGCUGAUGCUGGAUACCCAGUAUCGUUUCCAGGUCACCUUUCCCUUCACCCCGUCCUCUCAGGCCCUGGAGCUACUGCAGAUACCAUCCAGCCUCAAACUGGGCUUCCUCACCAGGAUCUAA